CACUGCUUCCAUGAUGCGAACAUAAUCCAAUGCAAUACCCAAUUGAAGUUUUUUCAUAAAAAAAUCCCAAAAACGCCAACAAAAAUUCCCACCAUGGUUGGCACCCGCUCAGGUAAUUAUAAAACGAAGGGAAGGGGAGGUGGGAUCCGCAGGACAAGAUUGAGAGAAAAAUGUAUUCCAGCUUUCGCUUUUGGGACCAACGUGCAGUCCCUUGUCCGUUUGUCUGUUAACGUCAUCUAACGGCCUGCAUUCACGCACCACAACUUUUUCUUCUUCUUCUUCACUACUUGACUGGAGUUCUACUUGUACUCCCACUUGUAGUUGGGUAGGCUUUCCCUUCGCCUCCAACAAACGCAUGCAAUUCUCUGCUAUCAACACAUGCAGCAUUGGUGAGCAUUGGUUUCCCCAAUUGAGGUAGCUGCAGCAGAGAAAUAGGAAGGGGGGGAGAAGAAAUAAGAAAGGGGGGAGAAGAAGCAAGAAAGAAGGAAUUAUGGGUCAGAAAUCUCGGCGCAGAAAUGAGAUGGGGACGAGGUCAAAUCAGAUGAAAUCUCUGGAGACUCUCAGGGAGGAGCCUUCUUCUGAAGCCUUUGAAGAUUCAGCGAAGAAGUACACUUCCUGGGGAGUUUUGCUGGAUUGGCUCAAAGGCCAAAUGGAGAAAAGUGUCACCAAUAGGGGGCAUGGGAACAAAUCCAGUGGGCAGUGUUCCGAUCUGAAGCUCUUGGUGGGUGUUCUCGGAUGCCCUCUUGGGCCUGUCAGCGUUGUUAAUGACCCACUUCCCCACCUCUCCAUCAAAGAUGUUCCCUUUGAAGCGUCAUCAGCACAAUACAUUGUGCAGCAAUAUAUGGCAGCAACGGGCUGUAUAAAAUUUCAGAACUCAAUUAAGAGUUCAUAUAUGGCAGGAAGAGUCAAAAUGGUAUCUACAGAAUGUGAAAUAGCUGCAAAAGUUUCUCGAAGCAAUAAGGCUACAGAAAAUGGGUGCUUUGUUUUGUGGCAAAUGAUGCCAGAUAUGUGGUCGAUGGAGUUGGUUUUGGGUGAAAGUAAAGUGCAUGCUGGAAGCAAUGGCAAGAUUGUCUGGCGUCAUACACCAUGGCUUGGUUCGCAUGCUGCAAAGGGUCCUGCUCGGCCCCUGCGUCGGGCUCUUCAGGGUUUAGAUCCUAGAACGACGGCAAUCAUGUUUGCGAAUGCUCGCUGUGUAGGAGAAAAAAAAAUUGGAGAUGAAGAUUGUUUUAUCUUGAAGCUUUCUGCUGAUCCAUCAAUUCUACAAGAAAGGAGUGACGGUCCUGCAGAAAUUAUCAGGCAUGUGCUUUUUGGAUAUUUCAGUCAGAAAACGGGUCUUCUUGUAUAUAUGGAGGACUCUCACCUUACUCGAAUUCAAGCUACUGGAAUAAGUACUGUUUACUGGGAAACUACCAUAGAAACAACCAUUAAUGAUUACCAAGCAGUGGAUGGCGUGAUGAUUGCUCACUCAGGUCGGUCCAUUGUGACCCUCUUCAAGUUUGGAGAGAUUGCAAUGGACCACACCAAAACUCGAAUGGAAGAAACAUGGACAAUUGAUGAUGUGGUUUUCAAUGUUCCUGGACUUUCAAUGGAUUGCUUCAUUCCUCCAGCGGAUGUCAUCGGAAAUGGGUCAGCAGGGGAUUCCUGUAAUUACGAGUCUGAUGGGAAGCUGAAGGUUGUGAAGCAUGGAAAUGGAACUAGCCAAGAUCAGCCUACAGGGAAAUCGAAAUGCCUGGAUCAGUUGACUUGUUAAUAAUACUCCAUUAAAAGUUUGUCUUUCUAAUUCUGAUACAGCCUCUACUCACCACUUCAGAGAGAAUUACUGGCCUCUGAAAUUAUCCCUGUAUCAUACAGAAACUAACAAAUCAGAAGUUUUCUACUAAAGAAUGACCAUGUUGCUGAUGGAGGGCAUUAUUUUCUGUCUGCUAUUGGGAAUUGAUUACCAUUCUUCUAUGCAAAAAUUCUAGAAUUCAUACAUUUUUUCUUAGGUUCCGGCCAAGUUUAGCGAAUUUCAAGAACAUCAUUCCAGGCAAGAUCCCAAUUGUAAAUUUCGAUUUAAGGCAUUGGUGAGAGCUGAUUUUAACUUGAGUUAUAUUACCAUAAGAAGCUGCAAACCAAUGUGCAUCUCUGGUAUUUUUAUUCAGUAUUCAUCAUUGGAGAUGAUGAUAAUGUUACAGAAAUCCAACCUUGCCUUGGCUUGAAGGAUAAUCUUGCUGAUUAUUGAUUGAGAUUGCUUACUCUCUGUAUAUAAAAUUAUUAACCGGUGUGUAGAGGUCUUGUGGUUACAUGAGGUUUUCUGGAUUACCCAAUCGGUGGGUAGUACUGAAUUUCUGUCUAAGUUUUGGAUGGAAAUACUAAUGCAACAAAAUUUGUAUUUGUCACAGAUUGUUUAAGAGAAUCUGAAAAUAUAUACCUUAAUAAAGGAUUUUGCUUUAAGUA